GUUACAAAUAAGAAUCUCAAAAUAUCGUAGUCUCAUUCAGAAGAAACAUUUCUACUAAUUCGAUCAUCACUGACCAUAAAGUGAGUUACAACACGAAUUUUGUUGGGACAAGUCGAGUUAUCGACAUCAAAGAUGACACCAAAUGUUUUAAGCACAGAUUCAAAAAUACUUACGGAGAAAGAUUUACAAAAUGAGAAAUCUUCAAUUACUACAAAGAUGAUAGAUGCUGAAAAUUACACACAAAACAGAAGCAAAAACUAUACAAAAACUGAAGGCUGGUUCAAGAUGGAGCCGAAGUGGUUUAACAUUUUAAAUAUUAGUUUUCUUAAUUUAUACUUCAUAUAUGCUUGUUUUACUUUUGACUUUUUCGAAAAUCUGUUGACGACUGCUUGGUUAUUCAUCAUGUAUAUAUUAGCAGGACUAGGUACCACUGCCGGUACUCAUCGUUUGUGGACUCACCAAGCUUAUAAAGCAAAAUGGCAGUUUAGAGUUAUACUUGGUGUUCUUUAUGCUUCGGCAGGCAUGAAUGACAUUUUCGAAUGGGUGCGAGAUCAUCGGGUGCACCACAAAUAUACUGAUACGGAUGCGGAUCCGCAUAACAGUAACCGAGGAUUCUUUUUCUCCCAUGUGGGUUGGUUGAUGAUGAAGAAACAUCCAGAUGUGAUUCGAAGAGGUUGUGAGGUGGAUAUGAGUGAUGUAUUGGCUGAUCCUGUUGCUGUAUUUAAUAUCAAAUAUUUUCCGAUAUUAAAAUUUAUGUUCGCUUUCCUGCUUCCGGUGAUGUUGCCUGUGUAUGCAUGGAAUGAAACUUGGUAUAGAGCUUUCGUGUCUCAGGAUAUUAUUCGUUACGUUAGCCUUUUAAAUGCCAUAUGGAGUGUCAACAGUGCGGCUCAUAUUUGGGGCUCAAAACCAUAUAAUGCGCAUAUAAAUCCGACAGAGAACCGAUGGGUUAACUUUUUUUCGGCCGGUGAAGGACUGCACAAUUAUCAUCAUGUUUUUCCGUGGGACUAUAAAGCUGCCGAGUUACAUGGUUUCAUAACCACAGCUUUUAUUAACUUCUUUGCGAAAAUUGGGUGGGCGUACGAUCUCAAAGAACCGUCGAAGGAACUCGUAGAAAGCGUCAUAAGGAAAAAGGGUGAUGGAAGUCAUUCUUUGUGGGAAGCUGUGCCAUAUCCAGCUAUAAGUAAAAUUGAAUUGAAAAAGUGACAAAGAAUUAUCUCAUUUUUAAAAUAGAAAGUUUUUUUGAAUUAGUUAACAAAUGGACACACAGAAAAAAAACUAAAUUUAAGUAAGUAUAUUUAUAAAUUUACAAGUAGCUCACAAAAUACAAAUACAAAAUACAAGGAACAUGCAGCCACAUACAGGAUGUUUUUUUGCGAAUGUCAUAUACCUAUUUAAAAUUCUUACGUUGACAAAAACAACUUCAUAAACGUAUCGGCCCACAUCAGGCCAUCUUUAGUAUGCAAUAUAAAUAAUUUAUUACUGGAUAUCUAUUUGCCUAUUAUUAAAGAAUAUU